CCAAAAAAAUCUGAGUAUUUUAUUUAAAUUCCCAAUGCCUUACUAGUUGUCCAACACCCCCCCAUUUUCCAUGGUCCUUUUCGUCUUUUUCCUCUUACCCUCUUUCUCUCCACAAUUUCUCACUUAUUAACUCUCUACUAUUUCUUCUCCCUCGAGCUCCGAUUUUUUCUCUGUUCCCUAAAACCCCACUAAUUUUGCAAAUCCAUAAACAGUAAAAAGCACAAUCAUCAUCAAAUAGACGUUGAAGAUUCUCAAUCAUUACUCUUAUCGCUCAAUGCCAGCUUUCUACUGAUACUGAAAUCUUCAGAAGAGAGAAAGAGGUUGUUUAUGAAUGGAGGAUUAUGGUGUUUUUGUUGUGCUUCAUUGAGAUUCGGGCAGGAGGCGUGAAUAUUCUCCAGUUUUUUUUCUGAAGGUUUCUCCCAAAAAAGAUGGAUUCAGUUAAUCGGUCUGCUGUGACCCCGAGUAAGAGUAAAUUGGCUCGUACGUUUGCUAAGGUUUUGCACAUCCGAUCUCUAACAGGAGGAAACCAGAAGCCAAAAUUCAGUGAACAUGUUAAGGAUGAUGUCGUAAAGAAGGAUUUAGUGAAGAGUGAGUUACUCAAGAAAACACAGUUUAAGUCCUUCAAUGAUGAAGAUGAAAAGCAUCAGAAAGCAGCUGCAGAAGCUUUUCUUGCGAAGCUGUUUGCGAAUAUCUCAGCUGUUAAAGCGGCAUAUGCCCAAUUGCAGUUUGCUCAGUCUCCAUAUGACCCUGAUGGAAUUCAAUCUGCUGAUGACUUGGUGGUGUCCGAACUGAAGAACUUGUCUGAAUUGAAACAGUGCUUUGUAAAGAAGCAGUUCGAUGAGUAUUCCCCAGAGAAAACUCACCUUUUGGCCGAAAUUCAGGAACAGAAAAGUAUUUUGAAGACAUAUGAUAUCAUGGGAAAGAAGCUGGAUUCACAGCUCAAAUUCAAGGAAUCAGAACUUAUGUUUCUUCGAGAGAAACUAGUCGAGGCUAAUCAAGAAAACAAGCUGCUUGAGAAAAGAUUGAAUGCCAGCGGGCCUGUGUCUCCUUUGGACAAUCUUCACUUUUCAAGCUUGAACCCCAGCCAUUUUAUCAUGUUCCAUCGGCAGACAAUUAGGUCUAUUCGAAGCUUUGUUAGGUUGUUGAGCAAGGAGCUGGUAGAUGCUGGGUGCAAGUUAGAUGCUGCAGCCAGUUCCAUCGAACCCGGUAUAGAGUUCUCGAAAGCAAAUGACAUAUAUUACGCCUUUGAGUCAUUCGUUAGCCGAGAGAUGUUUGAUGGUUUCAAUUAUCCAACCUUUUCCAUCUCAACCGAGCCUCUGCCCGAACAAAAGAAGAGGCAAAAGUUGUUUUACGACAGAUUCACUGAGCUAAGAUCCAUGAAGCCUGCUGAUUACUUAGCCUGGAAACCCAAAUCAACAUUCUCAAUAUUCUGUCGUGCCAAGUACCUGAAACUAAUCCAUCCCAAGAUGGAAGACUCCAUUUUCGGCAACCUGGAUCAAAGAAACAUACUCAUUUCAGGUGAGUAUCCCGAGUCAACUUUCUUCUCCGCAUACAGCGAUAUGGCUAAGCGCAUCUGGUUACUACACUGUCUAGCUUUCUCCUUCGAUCCCAUAGCUUCAAUCUUCCAAUUGAGUAAAGGUACUCGAUUUUCCGACGUUUACAUGGAGAGUCUGAAUGAAGAAGCGUUCAUAUCAUGGGAUGGAUCACCAGAAACCGAACCCCGUGUUGGCUUCUCGGUGAUUCCCGGUUUCAAGAUAGGUAAAACUGUCAUUCAGUGUCAAGUUUACCUGUGUUGAACCCCCCAUAGAUGGUAAAUCCAAAAGCAGCAUCAGAUUCUUUCCUUUACAAAUGGACCCACAACACAACGCAUCAACGAUAACAUUGUUUUUUUAAUGUUGUGAAAUGGGAACAAAGAAACCAGAAUGAUGGAGGAAUUUAGAAGGGGGGCAUGGCAUGGCUGGCUGGCUUUUCAAUAAAGGGGAAAGCGCGUUGAUGAAUUUUUGUGUCUUGUGGAAACUUGGAAUAGUGUUUACCAAAACACUGUCUUUGUUUUUUUCUAUGUUUUGUUUGGUUGGAAAAUGUUUACUAUUACUAGUAGUAGUAGUACUAGUAAUGUUAUUUUAAAGUAGAAAAAAUCAUUCCUCCAAUUUUGUUAAUAUUAGGAGAGGAGUGGUGGAAGAAUCUUAGCUGUGUACAUUAUUUUAUUAAUAUGAUUCGGCUAAUAUUUUAUUGAUAA